AUGUUCGUCCGCAAGCUCGCCGCCCUCUCCGCCCGCUCUAGCGCUGCUGCUGCCGCUGGCGCGCGCUUCCAGUCGUCGUCCGUGGCGCUGACGGUGCCCGGUCUGUCGGCCGAGGUGCGCCACGACUGGACCAAGGAGGAGGUGCAGGCCAUCUUCGACCAGCCGCUGCUGGAGCUCGUGUACAAGGCGGCCACGGUGCACCGCAUGCACUUCGACCCGACGGAGGUGCAGCAGUGCACGCUGCUGUCCAUCAAGACGGGCGGCUGCACGGAGGACUGCAAGUACUGCUCGCAGUCGUCGCGCCACAAGACGUUCGUCAAGCCCGAGCCCACCAAGAAGGUGCAGGAGGUCGUGGAGAUGGCGCGCCGCGCCAAGGCCGCGGGCAGCACGCGCUUCUGCAUGGGCUCGGCCUGGCGCGAGGUGGGCAAGAAGAACGCGUUCCGCCACAUCCUGGACAUGGUGCGCCAGGUCAAGGCCAUGGACCUCGAGGUCUGCUGCACGCUGGGCAUGCUCACGGAGGAGCAGGCCGUGCAGCUCAAGGAGGCCGGGCUCUCGGCCUACAACCACAACCUCGACACGAGCCGCGAGCACUACGCCAAGGUCAUCACCACGCGCACGUACGACGACCGCCUCAAGACCAUCGAGAACGUGCGCAAGGCCGGCAUCUCCGUCUGCUGCGGCGGCAUCCUGGGCCUCGGCGAGGACAAGAUCGACCGCGUCGGCCUGCUGCACACGCUCGCCACCAUGGACGAGCACCCGGAGUCCGUUCCGGUCAACGCGCUCGUGUCUGUGGAGGGCACGCCGCUCUUCGACGAGGACAUCGCGCCCGUGACGGCCUCUGACAUGGCCCGCAUGAUCGCCACGGCGCGCAUCCUCAUGCCCAAGACCAUGGUGCGCCUCAGCGCCGGCCGCAUGUCCUUCACGGACGCCGAGCAGGGGAUGAUGUUCAUGGCCGGCGCCAACUCCAUCUUCAACGGCGACACGCUGCUGACGACGGCCAACCCGGCCUUCGAGAAGGACAAGCGCCUCUUCGAGAGCUUCGGACUCAAGGGCAAGCCCGCUUACCACGCGCACAAGUCCACGCCCUACAUCGUCAAGGUCACGCACUCGGCCCCUGUCGAGACCGAGGCCGUGGCAUAA